ACAGACAGUGGAGAAGCAGAGAAGAGCGGGAUGAUGCAGCUAUGGCGAAAAGGAGAAGACGCCACUUAUUUUACACGCUUUUUCUUCGUGCUACUGUAAGCUUUUAAAGCGAUGCACGUGGCUGUCAAGGACUGUGUCGCGCUCUCAAUCUAUUCUUUCACUUUCCUGCUGGGUCUUCCUGCCAACCUGUUGGUUCUCUUCGUGUACGUCCGGAAGGCCCGCAAGCGUGGCGCCACACCCAAUGUGGUCUACGCCCUCAACUUGUGCCUGGCCAACCUGGCACUAGUGGCCUGGUUGCCCAUCAAGGCCUUGGAGACUUUAUUUCAGGACUGGAGGCUCCCGGCCCCUGUGUGCCUUGUCUAUAGCUUCUUCCUCUUCUCCUCGCUCUAUGGGAGCUGCCUGUUCAUCACGGCGGUGACGAUGGGGCGCUAUCUCAGCAUCGCCUUCCCCAUUAUCUACAAGCGAUACCGCCGUGCUCGCAUCUCGUGCUUCAUCAGCGCUGCCCUGUGGGCUUUGGUGCUGCUUCACCUCGGCAUAGGCCUGGUGGCUGAAGGUGGAGCCAACUUUGUCUCUAUUAAGGAUGACGCUUUGGCAUGCUAUGAUCACUUCAACGCCUCCCAGCUGGCUGUGCUGCUGCCCCUACGCUUGGAGAUGGCCAUCGUCCUUUUUCUCCUUCCUCUGAUGGCGACGUCCUUCUGCACGCUGCGCUGCGUCACCCUGGUGUGGCGCUCCAACUUGCGGCCCAUGGGGAAGAAGCGAGUCCUCACAGUGGCGCUCUCCACGCUGGCUGUGUUCGUGGUGUGCUACGCCCCCUACAACGCCUCACACAUUGUCGGGUUUGCGUUGGGGGAGAACGUGGAGUGGAGAACCUACGCCAUGCUGACAAGCUCUUGCAAUGUGUUCCUGGAGCCGGCCGUCAUGCUGAUGCUGUCACCAGCCAUGUCUCGGGGCAUCAUGGGAAGAAUGUGUGGAGGGCAAAGCAUCGAAGGCGGUCGCCAGAAUUGCACCACCCCAACUGUGGCUCAUGUCAGGUCACCAGCGACAACCACUGAGAGGAGUCAGGCUGGUGCUGAGGGGCCGAAACUGAGUCAGGAAUGAGGUCACCAUGGACGGCCUUGUGGGGGAUUCACACCUUCACUGGACACUCCAUAAGGUGUCAUGAACAAUAGAAGAGCCAAAUGGAUAGCAGGGCAGCUUCACAGACAGUAGAUCCAGUAUGUGGUCCUCGGUGGAAGAAGUGUGGACACCCC